AUGAGGUUCCGGAUGCUUCGGCAGGAGAAGCGGAAGAUAAUGGAGCGGCAGAUAGCCGAGACCCAGCCCUCGGUCGGGGAGGAGGGGUGCGCAAAUCACCGGCAUGCCCGCCGGCACGCCAGUGGCAGCAACUUGCACAAGAAAUCCAAGGCUACGCAUUCCCAGUGGCAG